ACACAAGGUAUCCAAAAUUAUUUAUCGUGCCUACAUUAUAUAUAUAUUAAUUUAUAAAUAAACAGUAUCUUUAAACAAAGAUUGUAAAUGUGAUUUAAUUUAUAAAUAUAUAAUUCGUGUUUGAAUGCUAGACAAAGCUAGUAGAAAUUGAAUAGUCUGGGGCAUUCGAUUAUGGCAAGUUGACGUACAUACAAUCAGAUUGAAAUGAAACAAAGAACAAUUAUGUAUAUCCAAUUUUCUGUUAAAUAGCGACGUUACACAGUAAUUAUCAGAUAUAAUAAAUAUCGCUAAGUCAUGCAAGUGAAACAUAUCUCAACGUUAUUAACAAAAGUCUAUUAUAUUUGAUUUAAUAUGAUUUUAUAAAAGGAGAAGUGUAAUUAUAAUAAAAACAAUAAUUAUUUAAAUUUCAAAGAAAAAAAUGGCAAUAGUUACAGGAUGGAGACGUUAUGUGACUGUGCAACCACCAGCAAUGAUGAUAUUAUGCGCUAUAUCUAUGAUAGGUGCUAUUAUAACAGAAUUAGUACUGUAUCGAACAUGUACAAUCGUAUUGAAUAUUAACAAGACUGAAUGUUUGUUAUUAAAAAAUAAUGGAAGUAGCAGUGAAGCACUUAGAAUAAACAAGUUGGUACAACCAGAAAUAUAUAUAUUUAACAUAUGUAAAUCGGUCAUUGAGAGUCUUUUACCCACUAUUUUGUCCUUUUUUGUUGGACCAUGGAGUGACACUUACGGAAGGAAACCUCUUUUUAUAACAAGUCUUUUUGGGUAUACAUUAGGAUUUGCUAUUCUUUCAUUGAUGAGCAAGUGGCAAAUAAAUCCUUGGUAUUUCUUGAUAGCCUAUAUACCUAUCGCAUGUUUCGGUGGAUUAUGUUUUGUUUUGUUAGCUUCUUUAAGUUAUAUUACUGAUAUUACUUCAGAAGAGGAUAGGACGUGGCACAUAACUUGUUUCGAUAUAUACCUUUUAUUUGGACUUGUAGCCGGUAUUUACACUGGUCCUUUGAUGUGUAAAUAUUUUGGGUACGCAUUUGUAUUUGGUAUUGCAGCUGUAUUUUCGCUCUUAGCUAAUUUAUUUAUAUUAUUUCUUGUACCUGAAACAAUACAACGUUCUUCAUCGAUGAAUUUAAGUUCUUUGUUUGAUAAGAAACAUGUCGUCAAUCUGUUUAAUGCUUGUAAAAGUAGAAUCGGAUUUGAUCGUUGUCUCGUUUGGUGUUGCUCAAUUUAUCUUCUUUUACUUAUUACAACCGUAGAGGGUGAUAUGACUAUUAUAUAUUUAUUUACUAAUGCAAGACUUGGUUGGAAUGCAAUUCAAUAUUCUUAUUAUAUGGUGACCAAUAUUAUAUUAGGUGGAAUUGGGAGUUUAAUUGGAUACAAAAUUCUCUGUUCUCUGCUAGGUUUUUCGGAGGUCAGUGUAGUUAUUUUUGCUACAUUUUCAUCUUUAUGUGGUGCUUUUAUUAAAUCCUUUACAUGGCUACCUUGGCACAUGUAUUUGGCUAUAGCAGUAUCGAUGUUUGGUGGUCUUUGCGGAUCAUUAAUUCGUUCUGUUGUAUCUAAAUCAGUUCCAUCUACCGAUAUAGGUAAAAUUUUUUCAUUAAUCACAAGCAUUCAAAUGAUUACGCCAAUAUUCGCGUGUACCUUAUACUCAACAAUUUAUACAGAAUUUUUACCUCCAAUAUAUCCUUCUCCUGUAUGGUUAAUAUCGUGUACUUUUUUUACUUUAAUGAUAGUAUUAUCAAUUGUUAUAAAAAUUCGUAUUUCGAGUACGUGUGGUCAACAAUAUAUAGAAAUCUCGCAAGAAAGCGAAUAAAGGUAUGUUACAAUUUUUACCUAAUCGUCAAAUUUAGAAUAUUUAUAUUUUUAAAGAUGCUAUUAUAGGUGCUGUUAUAGAAUAAUAUAAUUAAUAGAUUUA